AUGGAGUUUACCCAUGGAGCAGAUUGGAUGACCCAGACAGGCUGGUCAAUGGUUCGCAUCGGCACACAUAGUCUCUUCGCCUCAAUCAGCGGUCGAACCCGCUCACCAGGAGAUCCCCUGAUUGUCAUCCUCCCUGGGGCUGGCGAUGUCGCUUCGUCGUACACAGCUCUAUCCCGACUCGUCGCCCCAUCCGCUCGGAUUCUGCUAUACGAUCGUACCGGACUCGGACACAGUCAGUCCGGCCCCAACCCGGAAGGAUCACCGGCUGUCAGUGCCGCGAAAGAGCUACACAGCCUGCUCCAGACCACGAAACUACUUCCACCUUUGGUUCUGGUUGCACACUCCUAUGGCGGUAUCGUUGCCCGGGAAUAUCUCCACCUAUACCCUUCCCAUGUCGCCGGGAUGGUCCUGGCAGAUAGUUCCACCGAGCGGCAAAGUGAUUAUUUCCGGAUUCCGGAUCCCAACAUCAGCGCUGUCCAGGGAGAUCUCAAAUUUGCCCAGGUGACAGGUCUACGAGCGAACUCAGUGCUUUCUAGAGAUGAGUGGCACGAGCGUGCGAUUGAUAUCUCGAGAGGAGCUGAGGCGGCACAAGUGGAGGCGAACUCGCUCGUGGCAGUCUGUCAUACGUUGGCGGAGAAGCGACAAUUAGAAAAUCAGGCCAUGGGGUCCAGACCGGUCAGUGUGAUUCGCUGCAGUGGUUUCAGGGACUUUGAGUCUAUUUACCAACGAGGUGUGGAGGUGGGGAAUGGCACGGUGGAGCAACAGAGGGCAUUCCGCUCCUUGCUUGAUCGAUGGGCACACGUUGAUGGGGAUCUUCAAGAAGAGCAGCUGAAACUCUCAUCUACAACGCAUCUUGUGUAUCUGCCAGAUUGUGGACACAACAUUCAUAUUUUACGGCCAGAUGUGGUGGCGGGCGAGAUUGAUUGGGUCGUGGACCAGUUACAGCCCUGGGAUGCACAGAAGCUGUGA